CCAGCUAUCAAUGUACUGAAGGAAACCAAUCCUGCAGGUCGUUAUUGGAUCAAGCUUGAUGGUACCGAUGUCAAGGAGGGGCUGCAACACUCUAUGAAAGAGAAAUGGGACGGUGAUGUUGACAUGCUAGAUGGACAACUCAGCAAGUUGCAAGAGGAAUAUAGAUUGAGAUUAAAGUCCGUCACCCUCUCAGACAAUACUGACUGUGCGAAUCUUCAGGAGGAGAUAGUGUGUGAUCUCAAUUGUGACAAGACUUUCCUGGAGAAAUUGUUCAAGGUGGCAAGCAAAAACCUAAGGAGUAAAAUUUCACAAAAAAUGCCAGCACUGAAACUCUGAAGACACUCAACUGGGAUGUAGUGGAGUGUAAUACCCUUCUACAAGAGUGUCAAAGUUUUCUGGACCAGUUUGACAACGCAGAAGAUAUACCUGCACUGCUGAAGUGUCUGAACAAUGAUCUUCAUGGUUAUUUCAAAAACCUCUACAAGAAGAAGAGAACAGCAGCAACACAUGUACUUGUUAUAGCUGUGUCUGAUGAACAAAGAAAAAGCAAACCCUACACACUUCCUGUUCAGUUCAUUCCGUACAAGUCCUUGCGGGAUCAGUUCAUCAGAGAUUUGACUUUGCCUUUGAAGAAAGCCAUGACAGAUGCUGGACUGGAAGUUGUUGGUACAGUGACGGAUGGGGAAUUCAAUUCUCUCAGAACACAAGGUGAAAGUGGUCCUCUUCACAUUUGGCAGGUGGUGCAUGAUUCCAAGGAGGCAGUGAGGAAAAUGUCGAAAACCACUCUGCAAUCUAUGCUUACAUAUGCUGGAGAGGAUGCAAAUGGUAUUCCCUUUGCUGCCACGCCAAACUCUGCCAUUCCGACAAAUCUGAUUAGGAAAUUGCAUGAACUACAGAAUGGUGGCCUUUCCUUUGAAGAUGCAAUUGUGAACAUCCGAGGUUCACUUGUGCCAGAUGGAUACACGCCAUAUUCAUUCAGAAAGGACACCCCUGAGUCAUUCUUGGACAAGAUGAGGAGCAUUGUAGCCACCUGCAUAUACAAAGAUGCAAUCAAGACCUUGCAGCAAAAGGGUAGGGACUUCACUCAACACCUCUAUGUCCCUGAGAAGGAUUCAGUUACUGGAAAACAACAUCAUGAAAGAGGUAACCAUAACCACAUACUGAAGAGAAUUGCUGGUUGCACAAGAGAAUGUCGUUACCCGGAACUUAACCCUGAAGCCUUUGACAAAGCCAUGCUGGAUCCACUGACAGGAUUAUCCCAUGCUGCUCUAACAGGUCAGCGCCCACAGUCUGUAGAAGAUGCAGAGAGACUCUUGUCCUAUCAUGUUGCGGCCUCAAUGCAAAAGCAUGACUAUAACUUUGAGGCAGAGUAUGUGCAGACAAUAGCUGCCUGGCAUGAGGCUUCAGAUGGAAGGGGGAUGAGCCAGCUAGAUCGCUGCAAAGCAAACUAUGAGAUGCUGAAUUAUUUGUUGGAUCAGCUGAUGCCAUGGCACAGGGAGAUAUAUGAUUUCUCAACUCUGGACAUAAACAGACCAAUGGAUACAAUCAGGGGGUUCACGAGGGAAACCUUUAUAGAAAUAACAACAAACAUUGAAAGCCAAGAAUCCAGACGGAGGCAGAACAAUGUCCUUGAGUAUCCCGAACACCCAAGAGCUGCCACAACAGAUGAUGUUGAAUGCUUCUUUAGCUUGACCAGGCGGCACCUUGGUGAUACUUUCACAGUGAAGGAUUUUCGUACUGGGUGGAGGAAACUUGUGAGGGAAUUCUGUAAAAGACUAGAUCCAGAUUUGAAAUUCCAUUACUGGACACAGAAUGAAAGAUUUCAUGUGGAACAAAAACCCUUUGACAAUAGUGAUGGUGACAAAAGACUUCAUGUGGUAAAACACAAGUCUCGAGAGGACAGUUCUAUAUUCACGGCCGGACGGGCAUUCUUGCCAGCCAAGAACAAGCAGUCCAUUAGACAGAGACUUUUUCGAGUGGAUGUGGGACUACCGCCUGUUCCUAAUGAAGUUCGACCCCGUUGACUCGUAGGUCUUCAUGCUACUGAGCCGAGUAUAUCAUAUUGAUCGAACAUUUUUAGAAGUUAAGUUCCACUGUAUUUAAAAUUGAUUUGACCUAUUUUCUAAACUUUAAAACCUGAAUUGAAUGAUUGAGAAUCAUAAAUUUUGUUU